AUGCCCCGGUCCAAGCCUGACUCCCUUCGCUACGUCCAGUAUGACGGCCUCAACGAGGAGCGGUACCUGCCGGCCAUCCGCCAGCUGAUCUCCAAGGACCUCUCCGAGCCGUACAGCAUAUACGUCUACCGCUACUUUCUCUACCAAUGGGGCCAUCUCUGCUACAUGGCCCUGGAUGACGACGAGAACCUCAUCGGCGUCGUCGUCUCCAAGCUCGAGCCGCACCGCAGCGGCACCUUUCGCGGCUACAUCGCCAUGCUCGCCGUCCAGGAGCCCUACCGCGGCCAGGGCAUCGCGAGCAAGCUGGUCAAGCUGGCCAUCGACGCCAUGACCGCGCGCGACGCCGACGAGAUUGUGCUCGAGACCGAGACUGACAACGCCGCUUCGCUGCGCCUGUACGAGCGUCUCGGCUUCUUGCGUAGUAAACGCCUCCACAGGUACUACCUCAACGGCAACACCGCCUUCCGCCUGGUCCUGUACCUCAAAGAGGGCACUGGUCUCAAGCGCCCACAGCCCUUUGACCACGGCCAUCAGCCCACCGCGGUUCAGGAAGGCUCUGGAUGA